CUUAUUUAAUGUUGUCCCUUCUCAUUGGUGCCAUCGCUUUUCUUCUUGAGAGGCGUAACGAGGCGAAAAAGGGGGGUUUUUUUUGUAGCUUCCCCACCUCGAUCGAGCGCCAUGGCUUCGAAUUCCCCUCCUCCAGGCAAUACCAGACCAAUAAAACCAUGGGACCGACCUGGGACUUCCUCUGGCCCCACACCCUUCAAGCCCCCAUCCAAUGGGAGUACUAGUGAUGUUGUCGAAGCAUCUGGGACUGCGAAGCCGGGAGAAAUUGUCAAUACUGCAGAGAGGAAUGUCCCUGCAAACACUAACACUCUUGCAAGACCUGUACCCCCGAGGCCUUGGGAGCAAAACCGACUUGGAGGUUAUGGUAUGAACUACAAUACAUAUGGAUCUGGUAUGUAUGGCUCGUAUGGCGGAUAUGGAGGAUCAUAUGGCGGUGGGCUCUACGGAAAUAGCUUGUAUUCAGGGUAUGGUGGGUUAAAUGGGGGUUCUGGAAUGUACGGUGGGGGCAUGUACAACGGGUUAGGUGGUUCAUUUGGUGGCUAUGGAAUGGGAAUGGGCGGUCCAUAUGGUGAUCGCGACCCAAAUAAUCCGUAUGGUCCGCCUUCACAACCACCAGGCUUUUGGGUUUCUUUCCUAAGGGUGAUGGGUGGUGUUGUGAAUUUCUUCGGUCGAAUUGCAAUCUUGAUCGACCAAAACACCCAAGCAUUUCACAUGUUUAUGUCAGCUCUUCUUCAGCUCUUUGAUCGUAGUGGGUUAUUGUAUGGCGAGCUUGCGAGGUUUGUGUUUCGCUUAUUGGGAAUCAGAACAAGGCCCAAGAAGGCCCACCUUGCCGGGUCCGGUGAAGUCCCAGGCAACGAUGGAAAAGGGCAGCGCUAUAUUGAGGGUCCUAAGGCUAACGACGGAUCAUGGGACAAUGUUUGGGGGAAUAAUGUUAAGGCAUAAAGGAGGCACCUUGUAAAAUGCAAAAAGUUGCUAAGUGUGUACAAGGUCGAAAUGUGGAGAGACCCCCUUAUCUAGUAGGAAAUUUUGAAACAGAUCCCCCUCAAAUAUUUCUCUUUUGAUUGACACCUCCUUAACUUCCGAUUAUUUUCAUUUGAGUCAUUAUAAUCCACUUCAUUGGUGAUGUUGAAUUUAAAUUCUCUUAAGAAUUCUUUUUGGCUGAUGGAGAUGCGAUUUAUGUUGCCGUCAAUGUUGGCAAAUCUGAUAUUCAGUUUAAGAGUACCUCAAAUCGAAAUAAUUGGGAGUUGAGAGGCUGCCAAUUUAAAGAAAAAUGAUUGAGGGGUCUAUUUCAAAGUGGCCUAUAGUCGAGGGUGUCGCCAUACUCAUUUACCUCUAUACAACAUUUCGGAACUUGAGGCAAAUACAGAGGAUAUGAGCUGCUUACAUGAUUGGGGCUUGAAACAUGAAUGUUUUGUUGUAUGUUUACUUAAUUCUAUUGUGUGUUUCGUGGUAUCUAUGAUCGAUAGAUUCAUCGCAGAGGAUGUUCUAGUAUUACAUGUAUGUGAAUGUCAUACAACAUAUGCUAGAAAUUGUUUUGGAGCUGGAUGGAUAAUGUCAUUCUCGUGUUGCAGAUGUUCAAUGUGUUCCUCUUUAGUGUUGUGUAUUUA